AUGGCAGACCUCUUGUUACCCUCAGUCUCUGGACCCCAGGAAAGGGAUGCAGCCCGCCGACUUGAGGCGCCAAUUCAUUCCGAAAGACACGUCCGCAUUAUUUGUGUCGGAGCUGGCGCGUCGGGGCUUUUGAUGGCAUAUAAGCUGCAAAAGCACUUUGACAACUUUGGCCUCACGAUAUACGAGAAGAACCCUGCCGUCGCAGGAACGUGGUUUGAAAAUCGGUAUCCUGGCUGUGCUUGCGAUGUGCCUUCUCACAACUACACGUGGAGUUUCGAACCCAAGCUGGACUGGUCUGCAGUCUAUCCUGCAGCCAAGGAGAUCUACGACUAUCACGAAAACUUUGCACGCAAAUACGGCUUGUUCCAGUAUGUCCGGCUCAACCAUCAAGUGAUUGGUGCAUACUGGGAUAACCAGACCGGCGGCUACAACGUCAAGGUCAAGGACAACGUCAACGGGACCGUGGUGGACGAUCAUUGUGACAUACUGAUCAAUGCCGGUGGUAUCCUGAACAACUGGAAAUGGCCUGCCAUCCCUGGCCUGGAAAAGUAUAAAGGAACCCUCCUGCACACGGCCAGAUGGGACGAGUCGAUCAACCUGGAAGGAAAACACGUCGGCCUGAUUGGGAACGGGUCAUCGGGUAUCCAAGUCCUCCCUGCCAUUCGCGACAAGUGUAGCAAAGUCACAACAUUUAUCCGUGAGCCUACAUGGGUGUCACCGGUGCAAGGGCUUGAGCAGCAUAUCUACUCCGACGAGGAGCGGCAGGCCUUUGCGACAAAGCCAAGCGUUUUGACCGACUAUCGAAAGGACGUCGAGACUGGCCUCAACGGCCAAUUUGGUAUCUUCUUGAAGAACAACCAGGUGAACAUUGAGACGCACGAGUACAUGCUGGGACAAAUGAAGGAGAAGCUUGGCGACGCAUACCUCGAGUCCAAGUUGAUUCCGGACUGGAGUGUUGGGUGCCGCCGUUUGACACCCGGGGUGAACUACCUCGAGUCGCUGACCAAGGAGAAUGUCCAAGUCGUCUAUGGCGAAAUCAACGAGGUCACGGAGCGCGGGUGCCUCUGUGAUGACGGCAAGGAGUACCCGGUCGACGUGCUCAUCUGCGCGACCGGCUUUGACACGUCGUUCAAGCCUCGGUUUCCCGUCGUCUCUGACAAGGGCGAGAACCUUCAGGACAAGUGGGCAGCUGAUCCACAGUCCUAUUUUGGUGUUGCUGCCGCGGGCAUGCCCAACUACCUCUUCUUCCUGGGUCCAAACUGCCCGAUCGGCAACGGACCCGUGCUGUCUGCCAUUGAAACCCAGGCCGACUGGAUGUGUAGACUCAUUGACCGCUACCAGACCAACAACAUCAGGACCUUUUCGCCCAAGGAGGAGGCGGUGCAAGACUUUAUCAACUUCAAGGACUAUUUCAUGACCAGGACUGUCUGGCAAGACCCGUGCCGGUCCUGGUACAAGCCGCGCCCCGACGGUCCGAUCACGGCGCUGUGGCCGGGGUCAACGCUUCACUACAUUGAGUGCAUGAAGGACUUGCGCAUGGACGACUUUGAUGUCACCUAUACGGGCAACCGGUUUGCCUGGCUGGGAAAUGGCUACUCCCAGACUGAGUUGGACGAUACGGCCGACUGGGCCUAUUAUAUCAGGGACAAUGACGAUGAUGGUCCGUUGUCAACGGCUGGCCGGAGAAAGCUUCUUACCAAGAGUGGUACGAUACAAGGCAGGACAAUGGUAAACUUUGCCGGCAUGACGGAUGAGGACACCCCCAAGGCAAGAGAGACCAGAUUAUAA